CAUCUCGUGGGAUUAACCGACUACAACAUCGAAGGUUCGCGAGGGAGGACGUUCAGUACUACAUUUUAAGACACAAAGAUAUUGCUUAAAGAAAAAAAAAAACUAAUAGGAAUAAUAUAAAGAAAAGAAAGAAGAGAGAAAAUAGAUCCAGGGGAUAUAGACUAGACAAUAGUCUAAAACGAAGAAAGAAAGAAAGAAGAAGAAGAGAGGAGCUUCGGAAGAACAAAAUGAAGUCCAUUCUCACCUCGCUGCCUCUGGCCUCCAGGAUUGGUGCUUGGGGCCAAGUGAGCAGAAGUGCGAGGACCUGUUUUCAGGCAAGGAGACUGCAUUUAGAAUCAAGUGAUGAUUCAAGUACCAAGACUGUUCGAGAUGUGAUAUCAAGCUUAUCGGCAAAAGUUGGUGCAGCUAAGAGUUUCACGCAAGUACUAGAUCGAUCCUUCCUGCUUGACCUCCUGCCAAAGUCGCAGGAUGAAUUGCCGCCAAGAAGCAUGAAGGACAGUUUUGACAGCGCAGUCAUUCCUCUCGAAAGUGAAGUGAGACUCAGGGAAAAAUAUGUGACCUUCCUCGGAGGAGUGAGAGUUGGCAGACUUCUGGAGGACCUCGAUGUAUUUGCAGUAUGGCUGUGCUACAAGCACCUAGAAAACCCCCGGCAGAAGGAAAACAUGCCGAGCCCAUACAGCAUUGUCACUGCUCUUGUUGACCGCAUUGAUUUCAACCAGGGAGUAAUGCUGAGGCCAGACCGUGAUAUUCGACUGUCAGGCCACGUCUCUUGGGCCGGACGAUCAUCUAUGGAGGCCAUCAUUAAAGUGGAGCAGUUCAAUGAGGGAGAGUGGCAACAGGUCACACGUGCUGUCUUUGUUAUGGUGGCUCGAGACCCCCUCAACCAAGGCUCAGCGCUUGUGAAUCCCCUCGUUCCUGAGACAGCGGAAGAGAAGAGAAUAUUUCAGGCCGGAGAGAUCAACAAGUUACACAGGAGAGUGAUCCAGCAGGAGAGCCUGUUUCGCGUCCCUCCAAAUGAGACAGAAAAGAGCCUCGUUCAUGAAGUCUUCAUGUCCAUGGCCAACCCAGAGCAGCUUUCUUUUGCUUCGAAGAACGUUCCAGCAAACUCAGUCUGGAUGGAGAACCAUAAAUUAAAGAACCUUAUUAUCUGUCACCCUGAGUCUCGCAAUAUCUUCAACAAAAUCUUUGGUGGAUUCUUGAUGAGGAAGGCAUUUGAGCUUUCUUGGGCUAAUGUCUCAGUAUUUAGCAAACAAAGGCCACGCAUACUCCACAUAGAUGACAUCAUGUUCCGUCGACCAGUGGAGAUCGGGUCACUCCUGUAUCUAAACUCACAGGUUGUGUACACUGAGGGGACACAUAUUCAGGUCAGCACAAAAGCAAGUGUGAUGGAUGCUGUGACCUCAGAAAUCAACCUCACAAACAUUUUCCACUUCACUUACGAAGUGAAGCAACCUGGUCCAACUGUCUUGCCUCGAACUUAUCACGAGGCUAUGCUGUAUCUUGAUGGUCGUCGUCAUUAUCAACUUGUCCGAGGUCUCCGCAAGUUCUAUGGCCAAGGAGAAGUGCCUUCAGACACUCGGAUUUAAAUAGAAUGUUUGAGUAAAUAUUUGAUACUGUUAAUAGAAUUAGAAUGAAAUUUGCUUACAUGAGUACCGACACAUUCAUACAUACAUUAUAAAUAUUCAUAAGUACAUAUAUUUACAUUUACUGUUCUGUGUGAAUAUUUAUAUCAUUAUAUAUUUAUGUAUAUUAAUGUAUGUAUGUAAAGGUAACACAAGUACUCAAGUGUAAACACUAAUAAGAAAUCAAAGCACAAAGUUUUGUUUUCUUUUUUUCAAGCAAAGAUAAAUUAAUCUGACUUUAUAUUAAUUGGUAUUUAUAGUUGAUUGGUAUGUAGUGCUUGAUCUUGUCUUUAAAUCUUUUUUUUUUUUUUUUCUGUCUGUUAGUCUGUCCGUUACCUAAGAUUUGGCCAUAUUUUACUCACUUGUCUACCUAAGUAUCUUUUGUCAGAAUUUAAUCUGUCCAGUUUGUGGCGGUGCUUUGCUUAACGUAGAUUUAAGGUGACUUUAAAAAUGGCGAGCAUAAUGAGGGUAAAUGGUGAUCUGGUCAUCUUACUGAUUUUCACUGGCUGAUAUUUAUGGUGUUUUGAGUGGUGCGGGCUGCCAGGCAUCGGCGUAGGGGCAUUUAAAAUUUAGGGGGGGCUGCAAAUUUUCUGCCCGAGUGAAAGAGGAAGAGAAAUUUCACCUGCCAGAAAAUUUGUGAUGAAUGCCACCAGUGGUGUAGAUAGAGGGGGUCGAGGGGGGGGUUGAUGAAAAACCCACCUAUAAGGCUAAAGUGCCAUUUAGUCGGAAAAUUUCUGCACUUGUCUGAAAGAUAACGAUGGUUUUCUGUUUCGUUUAGUUCUAGUGGCCUUAUGGUAUGUUCAAAAUAAUAAAAAAUGAGAAUUAGUGUCAAAUUUUUGUUGGGAUAUCUUCAUUUCUUACCCCCUCUAUGAAUUUUCCUAUCUACGACCCUGCCCGAAUUGAACCAGCAUUUACCCAACUGGAGGGGCUGCAGCCCCCCCAGCCCCCAUGGCUCCUACGCCUACGCUGCCAGGGACAUAUGUUUUAGAAAUGGGAAUCACUAUUUUUUCAUUAUUGUUAUUGUCCUACCACCUAGUACAUAUUCUACAGGUGUAAUUUAGACAUAUCACCCUUGAUAAACAAUGAAAACAAAUUAUGCAUGUGUAGGGAAAUGAAAAAGAAAACCUGAACCUGUGAAAAAACACACAAACUUUACAGCAGCUAAAAUUACCCUCAAAUAUCUUGUCCAUCACCAAGACCUAUUUAUAUGAGCAGUGUUCAUUGUGACAGAUGUAGAAAAAGUAUGAAUUAGAAUGAAUAUCUUCACCAUGCAGGAGAUGUAUAUGACCAGUUUCAGUCACAUCUUAUUCAGAAAUACAUGUAUGUACUUGAGGUCAAAUACAUCACUUGUAUUGUGAAGAUGUUGUCAUUCAUCCAUUUUUUACGUAUUUAUAUGUGCGGUUAGUACUUAACAUUUUUUUUGCUUAGCUUUUGUAUUAAAUGGAACGAAAAAGCUCUAGUAACUGACAAAGAAGAAAUCAUUGUUAUAUUGUAAAAUAGGUUUUAUAAAUUAUCUCUAAAGAAUAUCUAAGAAUUGAAUGAUGUAAUUGAGCUGGAUAUGCAGUUGUAUUUUUUUUUGUUUUUUUUUCAUAUCUCAUCUGUUUAAGAAAUAUAUACUUUUGAAAACAGAA